AUGAUUUGCGUCAUCAACUCAGUCAUCAGCCCCCCGAUCGGAGGUGUUGCGUCCCAGGAUGUGGCAAGGUCUUCCAUCGGAAAGAUCUCCUCGAGAGGCAUCAAGCCAGACAGUUCUGAGCAAGAAUAUCGAGGUCAAGCUGAGGUCGAGGCCGCCAUGGCAGGUAUCAAUCGAGGUGUCCCUCACCCUCUGGGCUACCCCGGACCGUCGCCGUUGCCGUACGGUGGAUCGAUGAUGACACAACCACCCCCGCCGCCUCCGCAGCAGCAAUACCCGGACUCUACUGAGCAGCCGGACGACGCCCCGCGAUACUUGCCACCCAGCAAUGACCACGGCAAAAGUCCCGUGUCGGCGCCGCUCGUGCUGGCCCCGGCUGCUGACCUGCGUCCGGACGUCCGGAUCUCCAUGCCCCCUCCACCUGGGCGUCUACUGAGACCGGGCGUGAUGGAUAUGCUGCAGUGUGUCAUGGCGGCCAUGGCGGCCAUGGUAAGCUGGCAACGCAGUUUCUCGGCGGGGGCGACCGCAGGAAUGAUGCCCGAGAGCUGCAUGCGCAUGCUUGGAGUGCCUGCGACGCUCGGGAGCGUCAGACUCCCGCGCUUGGGGUCAGGGACUCCAGACCGACCGGGCCGCCUACACAGUGCGGACGGUGGGCAUGCGGCGCCUAAGAUGGACGCGGCCGUGCUGGCGUGUCCGUGCGCACCGGUACUGCGGUGGGACGGCAGCGGCGCGUACGAGGCACACAUGGCCGACGUAUUCGGCUGCUCGGGCAUGACCAACGCGAUGCCGGCGCUGCUCUGCCACACGCCCCUGGACCUGCUCCUCCUCUCGGCACCGUCCGGGACGACGACGACACUCUCGCAGAGUCGCCGGCUGGACGAGUGGGGCACCGUCGACUGCUGGGCCGCCUGCGUGCUGCGCCCUCGUAUGCUGGGUAUACUCUACCAGGUCGUGGGGCGCGGCGGGUUCUUUGACGAUGAUGAGCACGUUGCCGUCGCCGGCCUGAGGUGGGUCGAGAAGGCGGCGGCCAUGUGGGACGAUGCGGUCGAGACGAGGGCGGCUCGUGUGCUGGGUAUGGUCUACGAGUACGAGUAG